AUGCUCGAGCCGAUCGAGGUCGCGCUCGAGCGCCUCAAGAUCGCAUACGCCAUGGUGUCCGCGACGGAGCCGAAUUACAGCGAGGCGCUGGCGCUCGUGCGCCGCGCGGGCGACAACUGCUACGUCUACGACACCACCGGCGGGACGUUGGAGGAGAAGGUCAGCGCGAUUCAAUCCGAGAAGAAACUGGCCGAAGUCUGCACGUUCCGGCUGGUCGUGAAGAACAUCGUGCUGUCGAAGGACCAGGAGUACCUCCGCGCGAACGCGUACGACGCGAUCGACGCCGCGAAGGGGGCCAUGGAGGCCCUCGACGCGCAGCUGUUGCAAGCGACGCGGUCGACGGCGCCGGACGCGGCGGCGGUGAAGGCGGCGUUCGGGGAGGCGAUGGACGCGUACCGCGUGGUCGCGGCGCGCACGAGGGAGGCGCUGCGGGUGGCGUGA